ACCACCGAAGAAGAACACGUUCUUCCAUUGACCGCGUGUUGGUUCUACUUUCACCAGUUCUGGAAAAAAACUGUUUUUUUUUGCAUAAUAUUUAUGGAUAAACCUACGUCGUUUUAACAUUCUGUUCAUUGUAAAAACUGCUAGUCGCGACUAAAUUGUAACGUUUUAGCAAUCGUCCACCCAAAUUGGUUGAGGAUAAUCUCAUCCCCCGUGCAAACUUCACGUGCGAUUAUUCGGAUGAAAGGUGCAGUACUGGAAACAACAAUGACAAAGGAGAAUCCUUGGAUUAUACCUCCCAAUGCUCCGGCAUGCAUGGAGAAGCAUCUGUGCGCCGCGCAGUACCGAACAGAUGGCACCUUGUUGCUCGGUGCUUCCAGCCUCACUGGCAGGAGUUGGCAGGGCUCUGUGUGGAUCUACAGCAACCCUGAGCAGGCCCCCAAUGAGGGCUUCUGCAAAGCUGGCGUGCAGACGGAGACCGGCGUAACGGAUGUCAAGUGGGUGUCAGAAAAGGGUGUUGUUGUGGCAUCAGAUUCAGGCGCCUUGGAGCUGUGGGAGCUGACUGAGGAGGAGCGCCUCCUGGUCAAUCGCUUCACCAAGCACGAGCAUGAUCAUAUCGUCACCACCGUGAGCCCCGUCGCCGCGGCGAACAGUGCCGUGACUGGCAGCAUGGACUGCAGAAUUAAAGUGUGGGAUCUGAGCCAGGAGACAGUUGUCACUUCAUACAGCGUGCACACAAAGCCGGUCACUUGUGUUGCCUGCAGUCCUACAGACGGUUCUCUUUUCAUCUCCUGUGGUCAGGAUGGCCGUGUGCUCAUGUGGGACACAAGGAAACCAAAUAAACCAGCCACAAGAAUAGAUUUAGAGGCUUCGCCCUGCUUGCCCACCACUGUCUCCUGGCACCCUCACCACAGAAGCACCAUUGCUUUUGGUGACGAGCUCGGGAGAGUGACCAUUAAAGAUUUCCUAGCGACCGAGCCGGCUCGCAUGGCAAGCGUCCACAACCGCAGAGUUAACGGGCUGGCCUUUUCUCCACACAGUCCCUCUUUGCUGGCCUCCAUUAGCAACGAUUGCUCCCUUGCCGUUUUAAACUCUGAACUGCAGGAAGUAUUUAGAGAUCGACGCCACCAGGACUUUGUUAAGGGUGUGUGCUGGGUUCAGGGAGGCACGAAUAACCUCACCACUGUGGGCUGGGAUCACUUUGUGCUUCACCACAAGGUUGAGCCAACAGGUGGUAUCCUCAGCUCACCUUAGACCUAAUCACCGUUUUAACACCUCAUGGGUAUACUGUCUAUGUGUACAGUAGAACUUUAGAUAGAAUCGUUUCACGUCUGUUGUGUUUGCAUAUCAUCUGUUACGUUUUGGAAAAUAAAGGUUGUCAAAUCAAAGCUUUACAGUGCCACUGACUACACUCAAGAGGGCGUCCAUUGUGAACAAAGAAAAAACAUUCCUGACUUCAAGGAGAGCCAGCAGGGCAAAGGCAAGGAAUGCUAAUGGGAAAACUGCUAUUGUAUUACAGUAUAUUUAUAGAAGGAAAAUGUCUGGUCAAGAGGACAGCCUACUA